AUGAAGGAGUCAAUCUCAGUUUACUGCCGGGUGAAACCUACAAAAGACACUGCUCGACAUGAGGCCUCACUCGUCGAUAAACUAAAGCAGCUGGAAAUUGUCGUCCCGAAACUAGAUACUGAUGGACAUGUGAACAACAAAACAGAAUUGCAUAAAUACAAAUUCAACGAAAUAUUCGAACAAUCGGCGUAUCAAGAUCAGAUCUUUAGCAAAGUAGCAAAACCAGUCGUCGACAAUGUGCUUAAUGGAUACAACGGUACUAUCUUCGCUUACGGUCAAACUGGCUCAGGAAAAACUUUUACCGUCACUGGUGGAGCGGAGAAAUACGCAGACAGAGGGUUGAUUCCUAGGACACUGAGCUAUCUCUUCGAGCGAUUCAUGGUUGAUGACGAAAACGAUUAUAAAAUGCAGAUUUCCUACCUCGAGUUGUAUAAUGAAAACGGUUACGAUUUGCUCUCCCCUGCUCACGAUUUCAAGGGACUCGAAGAUCUGCCAAAAGUCACGAUUCUUGAAGACCCAAACAGCGGCAUAAAAAUACGAAAUUUGCAAACAUUUCCGGUUGCCACGGAAGAAGAGGCAAUAAAUCAGCUCUUUGUUGGAGACACAAACAGAUCGAUCGCAGAAACACCGAUGAAUAUGGCCUCCACUCGGGGUCACUGCAUUUUUACAAUUUACAUUGAAUCAAGGAGAUCUGAAAGUUCAGUCAUCAAGCGAUCAAAGCUCCAUCUUGUCGAUCUUGCUGGUUCUGAAAGAAUCGGAAAAUCUAGCGUGGAAUGGAACUCGCAAGUUGCAAGAGAAGGGAAGUACAUAAACCUUUCCCUACAUUUCUUGGAGCAAGUUAUUGUGGCUUUGAGCGAGAAGAAAAGAGAUCAUGUGCCCUACAGAAACUCUAUGCUCACAUCUGUCUUGCGAGACUCCCUCGGCGGCAAUUCUAUCACCUCUAUGAUUGCCACUGUCUCACUAGAGCCAGCGAACAUACAAGAGUCUCUUGCGACUUGUAGAUUUGCCCAACGAGUUGCAAAGAUUAAAAAUGAAGCUGUUUUGAAUGAAGAGCUUGAUCCAAGCCUGCAGAUUCAACGGUUAAAACGAGAGGUCAAUCAGCUGAAAGAGCAAUUAAGACUUCAAGAUGGAAGCCCGAACGCCGGAGAACUUCUGACAGAGUCCGAAAAGCACGACCUCGAUCACCAAAUACAGAACUUCCUCAAAGACCCUGAUCCUGAAACAGUACUGAAUCUUGACGGAGAUAUGCGAAAAAUCAACUACUCAAUCAAACGCCUCAAAAAAUUCGCCAACUCUUCUGGUCGUCCCGAAGGAAUCGUCCGCGAGAGUGGUGAAAGUGCCAAUGUAAAUUCUAAGCACAAGCAGUUUCAAAUCACACCGGAAGAGCUUAUCAGAUUGAAAGAGAUCCUUGAGCAAAGAGAUACAGAAAUCGCUGUUCUGACACAAUUAUUGAAAAAAGAAAGACGCAAGCCAAGGAAAAGGCAAACAACUCCAUAUGAGCCAGAAAAAUACACAAAUCCUCCUCUUGAUCAUGCCCAUUCGAGCACUAUCGCCGUUUCUGAAGAUCUCUCCUCAAACACGCUGAAAAUGACUUCAAACAAUAUGUCCGAGGGCCGCAAAAUGGCCUUUGAACGUUGGCGAGCUGAUGUCUAUGUCGAAGAUAAAAACUACAGGGCGCAGAAGAGCGAGCUCGGCGAUUUGAUUUUGCAAGCAAAGGAAUUGGAACAAAUUGCCGUUCGAGAAGCAACUGGGCAUCUUGACAACGAGAUGGUUCAAAAAGCUAAUGAUCUUAGACGAGAGAUAGAGGUUAAUCGGCGGAGCUAUCAAGAUGCUGUGCUUGAGCUGAAAAAGAUCAAGCCCGAAGUCGAACAUCUAAAACACUCGAUCGAACGACAACGCAUUGAUAUGCAUAAGGAAUUCGACAAAUGGUUCCAAGAUCAAGCGGAGCGAACUUCCCUUCGGUCCUCUUCAGCUGCCUCCUUUGCUGCCGAGCAACGCUCUCGUCCUGUUUCUGCCGCUUCUCAAGCUACAGGCGUAUCUCUUACUGGGCAUCUUCGAAACGUCAAAAAGCGAAAAUUUACUUACAAAAGUCUACGUCAAAUUGCAUGUAAAACACUGAAGACGAAUCUUUCGGAGUAUCAAGAAUUCCUUGAUGAAGAACCAAAGGAGUAUCUCAAGUACAUGGCUCAAGAUGGCGAGUGGGCCGACCACGUAAUCAUCCAAGUUUGCGCUGAAGUUCUCCGUCGACCAAUUCUCAUCGUCAACUCAGACCCUUGGAAUGAGCUUCUUUUCGUCAAACCAAGAACGACCGACAAAGUUCACGGCCGUGCUCUCAUCCUUGGCCAUCUUAACAACGAGCAUUAUGUCGCCCUCACCAUUAAAACGCCCGAAUGUCAGUGA